AUGCGUGCUUUUGCUGGUGGAUACUAUCACAACCUCCUGCGCAUGUACGACCAUCUGGGCAUCUGCUACCAGCCACAGCCAUUCGUCUUCGGCUUUUCUCGGCGCUCAGCCCACCAGGCCCACGCCGUGGAACCGUACAUGAUCCAUGCCUCCAACUUCCACCAGACUCCCCCAAUCCCUCGCGGCCAUCUCGUCCGAUGGAUAUGGGAGGUGAUAUUUGUCUUGUUCUGCUACUGGUGGUUUGUUCUCUGCUGUUUCUUCGUGCGUCCGCUCGUGUUCGGCAAUUCGGAGGGUGAGUCCUUCGAUCACUAUCUGCGUCGUAUCCACCUGCCGCUGUACUAUGUCGACAGCUACUUGCUGCCGAUGAUCUCGAGUGUCUGUACUUGCUCCCACGCGCAGCUAAGGCGCUUCCCUGCCUCUGACAUUACCGCCUAUAAAAGACUCAUUCAUCGGCAACCACAUUUCGUUGUCCCCGACGGCGUCUACACCGUGCAGGAGAAACUGCUGCGUGGUCUGGACGUGCAUCUCGGAGUUGAGACGAUGGAGGUGCUUCCAACCUCGCAGGGUGUGCAGCUCACCUUGCGCGACACUACCGGUAUGUACACCCAACCCUUCGACCUCGUCGUCCUGGCCGUGUCGCCGGAUGUCGCCACCGCAAUUUUCAGCCCGGCUCGGCCGUUCUUGCAGGAGGUGCCCACCACGACCGUCCAGACCGUCGCUCACACGGACUUUUCGAACGUCGUCGCGCCGCUGCAGGACGGAUCUGCGGUGCACCCUAGCCCUAGUUCUCCGCAGAUGAUCUGCUUCUGUACCAACGGCCUUGUCACGGAGGCUAUUCAUGCCCAGCCCAAUGGGAUCUUGAUCACAACUAAUCCGCUCACGUCCAUCGGCCCGACCACCAUCAUCCGGUCUGCGGUGUUCACGCGCGUGUUGCGUACCCCAGCUAGCCAGCGCAUUCUGUGCGAGAUCUUCAAGGAGGAUGGUUCUACCGAUGCAGACUCGAAGCGAGACAUGUUGGUCGACGGACUCUCGAGAUGGCGCAGCGGCGAUGAUGGGGUCUACCUGGCGGGCGGAUGGUGGUGGGAUGGCAUGGUGCUGCUAGAGGGAUGCGUCGUGUCGGCGAUGCGCGUGGCGACUGAUUUGGGAGUGGCCAUUCCUUGGAAAUGA